AUGGUCGGCUCCUACUCGAAGAAGCGCAAGGUCGCUGAUGGCAUGAAGGGCAAGACUGCCCGCCCCAAGAAGUUCCGCAAGCAAGCUUUCUAUCACAGCAGCUCCGAAGACGAAGAAGAUGAGCAGGAUGGCUUCAAGGCUGUCAAUCUUGCUGAUUCCGACGAAGAAGAGGAUGGAGGCGUCAAAUUGAAAGGACGCGCUGCUAUUGAGGCCAGAUUGUCCAAGAAGGCCAAGACUGUGUCUGCGCCAAAACAAAAAGCCAGUCCUGAAGCCGAAGCCGAAGCCAAAGAGUCCAGCGAUGACAACGAAGCAAGUGACGAUGAAAUGAACGACGACGAGGACAAUGAUGCCUCUGGUUCCGAAGAUGGAGAAUUCUCCGACGAGCCCAUGUCAGAGGCGGGAGGAGCCAAAGGCCGACCUGUCGCUAAGCGUAACGAUCCCGCCGCCUUCUCAACCUCUAUUUCCAAGAUUCUGUCCACCAAGCUCCCGUCAUCCGCCAGAGCCGAUCCCGUCCUGUCGCGAAGCAAAUAUGCGGCUCAGCUCAGUAGUGAACACGCUGAGCAGAAACUCGACAAUGCCGCGCGCGCCAAGAUGCGCGCAGAGAAGAAGGAAGAGUUGGAUCGCGGCCGUGUCCGUGAUGUGCUGGGUAUUGAGAGCGGCCUAGCUGGUGAUGUUGCCGAGGAUGAGAAGCGUCUGCGCAAAAUGGCGCAGCGUGGUGUCGUUAAGCUGUUCAAUGCUGUGCGCGCGGCGCAAGUUCGGGGUGAGGAGGCUGCCAAGGGCGAGCGCCAGAAGGGAACUGUUGGUUUGGGAGAGCGGGAGAAGGCCGUUAACGAGGUCAGCAAGCAAGGAUUCCUUGAGCUGAUCAAUGGCAAGAAGGGAAAGCCGUUGAACAUCGAAGAGGCUUAA